AUGGCCGCGAGGAGAAGUGCUUCUAGGCUACAAUCAGACUGCCUGAUCCUUGCCAUUGGGAAUUUUGUCACUCCUUGUUUCUCUGCAAUCAACUUUCCAACUACUACGAUAGACUCGGCUUCUGCUGAUGAUCGCUGGAACCGGCAUCGGCCGACUGCACCCUUAUGCUAUCCUCAGAUCCUGCAGGUAAUCGACAUCCUAGCGUACGUGGCUGACACAAACUCCCCAUACUCUAAGCGAUCUUACACCGCCAUGGUCAAGCGGUCUCGCGACUCCUCGGUAGCCUCAGCCGAGCUCAUUGUGGAUGAAGACACCAACUCUCUUCAUCAUGCGAAAUUGAAUGCAGUCGAAAUGAAGGGCUGCUCCCCUUCCAAAGGUGCCAUGCAGUGCUCAUUAUCGCCUCACCGAGAGCCCCUUGAUUUUGCUUCUAUUGAAGACUUUGAGACUCAUUAUGUCAAGGAUCACUCCAAUCGCUGUACUUCAUGCGGCAAAAACUUUCCCACUGCUCAUUUUCUAGCUUUGCAUAUUGACGAAAAUCACAACACCUUUCGUGAAGUUCUGCAGGCGAAAGGUGAGAAGACGUAUGCCUGCUUCGUCGAGGACUGCGACAAAAAAUGCUCAACACCACAGAAGAGAAGGCUGCAUCUGAUCGACAAGCACCUUUUCCCCAAGAUCUACAACUUUCGAAUCGUGGACACCGGGAUUGACAAGUCGGCAUCUAUGCUCCAGGAGGGUCGUCGGAGAAGAGUAUCGACAGCCGAUGACCUUGUACAAGCAAGGGGCCGUCGUAGACGGCAGUCAGAAGCAGACUCAAAUACCAGCAGGGUUGAUCCCGUCCCUGUACCACCCGAAAGCAAUCACGAGGCACCGUCAAAGCAAAAUCAAAAACGGCAGGAAGACGGCAAUUUUAGGUCAGGCAAGGCUGUCUCGGAUGCUACAAUCAGUGACCUGGCAGCAUCCAUGUCUUCAUUACAGUUUGUACCACCAAGUGUAGCCAGCAAGCAGCGCAACAAGCCGAAAUCUUGA